GAUAAGUUUUGUUUAUUUUAUAGUAUAUGCCUUUGCCUUAUCAUUGUCAAAUAUACACGUUAUACAUUUGUCAUUUUCAGUGUUAUCUGGUACUUUGUGUUUAUACUACCAAUUAUUCAAAGUAUAGUUUUUCUCUUUUGUAAAACAUCUUUGGGUUGAAAAAUAUUUCUCUGUUACCACGAUAUAUUUAUAUAAAUUAAAAUAUUUCAGUUUUAUAAACUAAUUCAGUAUAAACAUCACAUAUACAUUUAUCAUGCAGUUUAUUAAUCAUUUGACCAUAGUACUAGUUUUAUUUUUUUUAUUUUCAGCGGGUAGCUGCAUAAGGUGGCAUAUGCAACCCAACAGUUUUAAAUGUUUUAGAGAAGAGCUGAGACAAAAUGUAUUAGUGAAGGGUGUGUAUGUAGUUAAUACAGUUAAUGGGCAAACAAUUGAUUAUGUUGUAAGUAUAAUAAUAUACUUAGUAAUAGGCUUAAUAUACCUAGUAAUAUACCAAGGCUUCAACAAUACCUAUCUAUCUGAUUAAAUAUUUUAUUAAUAAUUUAAACAAUAAAUAGUUAUUUGUCUUUAAAUAGUUGUAUGUAUGUAACCUAUUUUAUGGUAUCUAUAUAGUUUUAUUACAAGUUUAUAGUUUAGUUACUUAAUUUUUGGAAAUGUAUAAAUAUAGAUAGACAUUUUAAUCAUGUUAUAAUUAGUUUAUAAUUUAAUAAAUAUAUAGGUAACUAUAGAUGAAAAACUAAAACAUAUUUGUAUUUUUAGAUUAAAGAUUCCAAAAAUCAUGUAUUAUCACAGAAAGAAGAUAUAAGUUCUGGAAAGUUUUCCUUCAGCAUAGAAAAUGAUGAUGUUUGUGAAAUUUGUUUUAUUUCAAAAGUUACUAAUAGUAAGUAUUUCUUUAAAAUAUGAUAUAAUAUUACCUAGUAUCUAUAAUGUAAAAUAAUAAAUAUUUAUUGGAAACAUGAUUAUAAAAUUUGUAUUUUAAAUGAUUCCAUAGUUAUAGGUUUAACUAGACCUUAAAGAUAGGGGGAGCUUCAGCCCUUGAAAUUUUAUAAUUUCUUCUCCUUUGCUUUCAUUCUAACUAUUUGGAGUCAGGUACCCUUUUUCUAAACUUCUGCUUAGCCAAAUCUCCCACCUUACAUACACCAUCUAUUCUCAAUGACAUCCAACCAUCUCAUAUUAUAUAAUCAUCUCACAUAUCCUGUAUGCACCAUAUACUAAUACUAUACUAUACUAAAUAUAUAAAACUAUACUAUACCAUACUAUGUAUCAUGCACCAUGGUACCUUCUCUCACUUGUUAUCCAAGCACACAUUUGAAAUGGGACAAUCUGCCAGUCUUGUUUAGUCUUGUCUCAUACUGUUUGAUAGAAUAUUAAACUGGCUGUAGACCUGAUGCAAUCUGUUUCGAUAGAUAGAGGUACUGUGAGAGUAUUCUGAUCCCUACCUUUGCAGUUUUGCCUUUUUGAGCAUUGCAAUUUUAUAUUAUUAAGUAAAUUAAGCCCCCAUCCCCUCGCUGCACCAAUACAUUAUAUUAAUUGUUAAUAAAACAAUUUAUAUUACUAAUACUGUCUAUAAUUAUUUAUUACAUAGUGUAUGUGUGAUAUGUUCAUAAUUUAAAUCAUAAAACAAUGGUAUUGAGGUUAAAAUUAAGGGAUUAAAAUAUAUUUUAACAACAAGGUCGAAUUUUAAAUUUAUUAAAAUUAUAAGUAAUAUUUAAAUAUUUACAGUUUAAGCCUCUGCUUGGUACUUGACAUUUUUUUUAGAUUUUCUUCUUUAUUUUGAAUAUUUGAUAGAUCUUUUUCAACAGCUAUAAUAGACAGCUAAGAAAAACAAUUUGGUAACAUAAUUGACCUGGAUAUAUAUGUAUUCAUUUGACGCAUUACUAAAAAUGUUCUUUUACAAGAUACUGUACUUGUAGGGACAAAGUGUAAUAGAUUUAACAUUUCAUAUAAAUUUAGAUAACUAAUUUCUCAACAAUACUCUUUGGAUGAAUGUUUAUCUUUUCUAUUUGAUUAUCAUAACAACAAAUAUUUUAGAUUUCAUUUAUAUUUAAUAAAGUCUGAAAACAUAAAAAAGGCACAAAAUUUGAUGAAUAAGAAUAUUUAGAAUAAUAUUACAUGAUUUGAUAAUUUACCUUAUACUGGUUUAAAAAAAUGAAAUUUUGUUCAUGGAUUAAUGAAGUUAUCAAUUGUUAUGACCAAUUUAAGACUUCCAGGUGAAAAUCCACUAUAUUAACUAAAAUACUGUCAAUUACAGGAAAAAUUCAUAAUGAAUAUUUCCAUCAUUUACACUAGUGGUAGUUGUAAGAUAAAAAUGAUGUAAUGCAGCGGAUUCUUUUUCUCUUUGAAACUGAAAAAUAUAGUUCAAUCAAGUUUCAUAAUUUAUAUUUAAUAGCAUGUUUAUUUUAAUUAGUAAAAUAUUCAAAAUUCUCAAACAUAGCAGGAAUAUUUAAAUCUAUAUUAUUUUCAAGAGAAAAUUGUUUUCCAAAUAUUUGAGAAUGAAUCUAAAUUCUUAUUAUUCUAUUAACAAGACUCACUGCUUCACCUACAGUACUAUUUUUUAUUUUACAAAUUAUUGUUUAAAAUGUUAGUAAUACUCAAUAAAUAAUUUAUAAUAUUUAGAUGUAUAAUAACGGAUUAUUUUAUAGAUUGCUCAAAUUCCCACAAAAGUGUAUAAAGUAUUACUUGAUUAAAAUGUAUUUAAUAAACAAAUCAAUCUAAAGAUAAUAUCUCUAUCAUUAUUUUUGUAAAAAAUAUUACAAUAGACUCAACAUUUUCAAGAACUAAUUUACUCUUAUUAUAAUGAUAUAUUCAUCUUGUGUCACUUAUAGUAGUAAAUAUGGAAGAAAUAAUUACAAAUGUAAUACAAUUUUGUCUAUUUAUUAUUUGAUAAGAUAACAUAUUUGACACUCAUUAUAAAUAUUAUAUUUAAUAGUUAAUAUUUGAAUUUAUGAUUUACAGAACACAGUGCUGUUUUGCAAGACAUUUUUUUGGACAUUAAAACUGGUAUUGAAGCAAAAAAUUCAGAAGCAGUAUGUUAAUGUUCUAUUUAUUUUUAAAUGGUUUAAGCUGAGUUUCCAUUACACUGUACACCAUGCCUCGUGCAUUAAUCUCUGCAUUCUGACUGUCUGACUGGCUUUGGUUGAUACUACCUGGUUCAGCCAAUCAGAAUGCAUAGAUUAAUGUACGGGACACGGUGCACAGUGUAAUGGAAACUGCUUUAGUAACUAUAAAAAUCUCUAUAAAAAUAAAAGCAAAAUUAAGUAAACCAAUAUAGUGGAGAAAUAGAUGUUUAUAGAUAUAUUAAUUUAAGUUUUUAUAAUCUUACAUGCACAUUUUGUUCAUCACUUUCACAAUAUCAACUGCCUGUUUUUCAGCCUUCCUCUUUCCUUCUAAAUCUACUUAAACUACAUAUACUUAUAAUUCUUAAUGCUUAUAUUCCUAUCUUCUCCAAGUCUCAUUGCAAUUCUUUUAUCACAGAUAAAUAAUAAGUUUAUUACACAACUUUCUUGAUGCCUCUGGCAUUUUCCCUUCUAUUAACACUUAAUUGAAGAAAUCCUUCAACUACAGCCUUAUGCCUAGCUAUCAUUUUACAUACUUCUACUGGUAUACCAUCUGAACCUACCAAUUCUAUCUUUUCCAUUGCUCUCACAGCCCACAACACUUUCUUCUUUUCUAACUAAAUCUACCAAACCUUUGAAUCAUGAAACACCCUCUAAUAUCUUUGGACAUCCAAUGAAUAAACUUCUAUUUCACUUUCUUUUGUUCCUAGUCUCUCAUAUAACUCAUCAUAUUUCUUUAGUAUAACAUUUUUUACCACCAUAUUAGCUUCUUUCCACAGUUUUUUGUACUCUAUGGAUUCAUCUUUUUUCAAGUUCUGUUGCAUAAUUAUAAAUACGUUAUUACAAAUAAUUUUUUUAAAAAAAACAAUACAACUAAAUAUAAUAACAAAAGAAAAUCAAAAUAUUUAAAUCAUAUUCAUUAUAACUAUUUUUAAUUUGUAAUUUAAACUCAAUUGUAGGAGGAUGAAGCUACUAAACUGAAACCUCUCGAAUUGUCUUUAAAAAAUGUUCAAGAGUUAUCACAAGAUAUUAUCAUUGAGUUUAGUGAUAUGAAAACCCGAGCUGAUAACUUGCGAAGUACAAAUGGUAGCUAUUAUUCUAAUGUUCAUUAUUUAAAUAUUAUUAAAGUUGCAAAUUGUAUUUGUUAUAGAGUCUACUAGAAACAGAAUAAUUUGCUUUGGCAUAAUCACCAUCAUUAGUUUAAUAACUUUAUCAGCAUGGCAAGUAUAUUACUUAAAACAGCAUUUCAAAGUAAUAAAGUUGAUAGACUAAAAGAUGUAUUAAACAAAUUUAAAUUUAUUUAAUUGACUGUACCAAUUUUAGUAUACUGCCCUGCCUACUUUUAAUUCUUGCCUUUUGAAUUUUAUUGUAACUAUUUAUUUCUUCUUUAUAGAUAUUAUUACUGUUAAUAAAAUUAUAAAAAUUAAAA